AUGCUCUUAACCUCGCUCGUUACCCUCCGCCGCCCCACUUCCUAUGAGCUCACACCAGAGGACAUCUUCGAGAGCAGUCUCGGAGGUGUCUUCGCAAAUGACUUACAAAACCACCACGGCGACUCCCCCACCUCAACCCUCAUCUACACACCCUCGAACCCCUCCUAUGCCCCAAUCUCCCUCCACACCGCCGACGUAAACAGCGAAGACCAGCGGCAAAAAUUCGCGCAUUAUCUCUGGAACGCCGGCAUCCUGAUGGCCGAGCUGGUAGGCGGGCGGCCUGGUGAAGAAGGGACUGGGGACGAGGCCAGAAACGAAGAAAGCGAAGUAUGGGCCGAAGAAAGCAGAUGGCCGGCAGGCACGUGGUGGACGGACGCAGAAGAGGAGGAAAAGUGGAGCGUGAAAGGAGAAACGGUGCUGGAGUUGGGCGCAGGUGUGUAG